AUGUCCCGCCCCAUCCCACUGGAGCUUGGAGAUCUCCGAGAGCUGCGGGAGCUGUGGCUCUACAACAACAAGCUCACAGGUCCUAUCCCUCCGGAGCUAGGGAAGCUUGGCGCCUCGAAGAGACUCGAUCUCAGCAACAACAAGUUAGAUGGUGCGAUUCCGGCGCAGCUCGGCGCUCUAAAUAAGCUCACGCUGCUCGACCUGUCCUACAACAAGCUUAGCGGCACCAUCCCGGCGGAGCUGGAAAACCUCACGGCACUGCUAGAGCUAUACCUCAACGGGAACGAGCUGAGCGGCCGCAUCCCGCCGGAGCUAGAAAAGCUGGAGGCACUGGAGACGCUCAGACUUUCGGGCAACCAGCUAAGCGGACGCAUCCCGCUGCAGCUAGGAAAUCUUGGCGCCUUGUGGGACCUCGACCUCAGCGGCAAAAAUUUAGAUGCCCACGAGUGA